AUGGCAGCAGACAGAACAGCAGGUGACGAGCUCACCACUAAAAGCCGUGUACUAGAAACCGCCGCCGGAGUGAUCCAAGACUUCCGGCCUGUCAAGAGCAUCUGCGCCCAUCUGAAUGCCUUUCAUGUGUAUGCGUCCGACCGGUCCAGGGCAGUCGAAGCGAAUCAUUACUGUUCGCAUAUUACUGAGGACGUCCGACAAUGUCUCCUCUACGACUCCCCCGAUGCCAACGCCCGACUCAUCGGCAUCGAAUACAUGAUUACACCUAAAAUAUACAACAGCCUGCCCAAAGCCGAGCGCGAACUAUGGCACUCCCACAUAUACGAGGUUAAGAGCGGUAUGCUGAUCAUGCCGACGCCCACCGGCGUUCCGGAAACGGUCUGGCAGCCGGCCGAAAAUUCCGAAAUGAAAGACAUUAUCCCAUUGUACGGCAAGGCGUAUCAUCUGUGGCAGGUGGAUCGGGGCGACAAAGUGCCCUUGGGAGAGCCGCAGUUGAUGGGCAGUAUUGGCAGCGAUGCUAUGUUGGAUAAAGUGCAUCCGCAAGGGCGGAAGGCUCUGUUGGCGGAGAGGGAUCAACGGUUCGGCGUGGAUCAUGAGCAGAAGGCUCAGUCGAGAGCGGCGAUUCCGGUUCCUGAGAUUCAUCCUGGUGAGUUCUUGUCUACCUCUGAAGACCCCAGGCUGAUACAAUUGUCAGACGCCGACGCGAUGACGCGGUAA